ACUGCUGCACUGUAGAGCUUCACCUUCAGUCAACAGACAUGCACCUCAAACUGUGGAAUCUGUCUCUUGUCCUGCUCAUCGCCAGCAUGUUUCACACCAGUGUGAGAACAGAGAAUGGCUGUGCUGACUGGCUAUCGUCUGAAGUAGGAAUCUGCUGCCAAGCGUGCCAUCCAGGGAACCGCUUGGUGGAGAAGUGUGGACCAGACCGUUUUCAGCUUUGUAAGCCUUGUGAUCCUGGCACUUUCACGACCAGUCCUUUGAAGAAGUUCUGUAACAGGUGCACUCAGUGCAUAGGGCCGAGGGUUGUGGUGAAAAACUGCACCCCCAGUUCUGACACCGUGUGUGACUGCAAGCCUGGGUUCCGUUGUGGAAACUCACAAUGCUCUUACUGCGUAGAUGAGUGCAAAAAAGGCGAGGAACCAACAACGGAACGGACUUGCAGGAAAUGUCCCCAGGGAACAUUCAAUGACCAAAUCCACAGCAAAUGCACACCUCGGAGAACAAGGUGUCCUGACGAACAAGAACUUGUGUCCAUUAGUGAUCCAUCUCUUAACAACGAGUGCAAGACAAAGGCCUCCACUUUGGCCACUGCUCGGACAACACCACUGGAAUACAACACAGUGGAACCCUUACAGACAACAAAGAAGAAAAAAGAUGACACUUUCUGGCCAGUAGUUGGAGUCACUGGAAGCAUUUUUCUUCUCACUUGUGCCUUCAUUUUAGCCCUAUGGUUUGCUUAUCAAAGAGCAAAAAACACGACCAAUACAGAGACCAAGGACCUGCAGCCAGAAACCCUGCCUCCAGAAGAGCUGAGGGUUAUGAUUAUGGAGCAUGAUGAUGCAUGCAGCUUCCGCCAGCCUGAGCAGGAGCAAGGAGGAAGCUCAGAGUCUCUCAGCACGCAGGACUCCGAGUCCAAGCUCAUACUGUGAGCUUCAUGGAUUGGUCACUAAAACUCAACUGAUUGGGAGCAGGUUCCUGGUGCUGAAGCAGUUUCGAAUCCACAAGGGCCAAUUUAUCUGUUGAAUUCAUGGGAGUUAGAAACUUUGAACAGUUUCCUUCCACAGUCUGGGCCUCAGCCUAUUUUGAUGACCAUAGGGUGAAGACAAAACUACCACAUGUGAUAAGGCUGGCUAACAACGUUGGACGUGAGCAGCAGUAUUUUUAUUUAUGUGAAAAGGCGCGGAAAGGACAAACUUAAGGAGGUUUUGAAUGGGAAACUUUACAGAUGCUGAAAUUACCACAACAAGAACAAAUGUGCAAGAACACCUACAUUUAUCGGUGAAGAAGGAAGUUUAUAAGGGACUUUAACAAUGCUACAGGUUUAUAUGGUCAUACAUAGUUGUAAAGUGCACAAAGCGAGAGCCAGAAACAGUCUAGCUUCUCAGUCAUGUAGGAGUGUAAAAUGUGAACCACAACUACAGACACUUCGCAUCGGAGUGGGCGUCACCUACGACCUACUGCGUCACAUUUACAGAUCACAUUUGAAGGCUUCUUGAAAUACCCUGGUGGGCUUCCCCCAGUUUCCUGUUGCAAAUGGCACUAUUUUAAAUGUCUCGUUUGAGAGAUUAAGACUGGCUCAGGAGGAGGAUGACUGAGAAACGGUUAUUUUUUUACUUCUUAAAAUUCCUGGCACUGAAUUAGCAAUUGCCCGGUUCUUAUUUCUCCAAUGGUGAUUUUGUAAGCUGCUCUUAUGAAAUGCAAAGGCUAUUUUAUUGUAACAAUUACAGACAAGCUGGUGUCACUUAUGUAAAUUCAAUGGAGAUUACAGAAACUGUAAAUAUGAAAAUGUAUUGUGUUGUAUUGGUGUGUGGUAGAGCAGAAGGGAAGUUUAAAUUUCCUGUAAGCAGAAAUGGUGGGAGCACGUGUGUUCUCUAUAGGGUUUCCCCUGAAGGGACUUCCUUUCUAUGCCAUAGGGAAGCAUUGGAGUGGCAAGGAUUUCAGAAGAAUUAAGCCAGACAGUACCUUUGACAUUACAAAACAUUACACGGCUGAUUCACACUAGGCCAUUAAGGUAUGUUAUCCCUGACACUAUGUUGUGACAGCAUGUCGAAGAAUAAUACUCAGCAGUUUUGUCAUAUUUAGACUUUCCAGUGACUCAGAGGGAGUUUACACAUAAAGUGACCUGUGAGUGUUUUUCACUCUGAAAUAGUUUUGAAAGAUGUGUGACUCAUUCGAGGAUAAAAUUCCACGUACUUCUUGUAGCCUACUUGUAGUCAUAUGCUCUUAAGAAAGUGUACGUACUUUAGGCAUGAGUAGCAAGUGUGAAUCACACAAGAUCACAUUUUGUUGGCUCUAAAUCAGGGCUGAACAGGUUUAGGUUAGAAAGUGGUCCUGCAGGUUUUAUAUGGAAAAUCCACUUUGUACAGUUUGUCUUCACGUGAAGCAGCAAAUUCCAGGUAAUGGGUGAAGCUGACGUCUCUUCUUUGUCCACAGUUCAUCGGUAAUUGGAAGGACAUUAAACCCCUAACUGUUUAUCCUAAUAACAUGAAUCUGCAGGCCAUACAGAGAUAGGGGAACUCUAGGCAGCUAUCAGCACCACUUGGGAAAAACCCAGAGAAUCCUGUAGUGAAGGUUAGCUGGCCAGGGUGGAAUGGUGCACUCAUUGCUUGUCACUCGUCAAAAGGUCAGCAACCUGGCAUCACAAGCUAAAAUCAGGUGGUCAGGGAAAUAACAUGCUGGUACAUGAUAAUGGUAAUGAUUACUGUUAAAGUGACAUUACAAUUUACUUCAGUUUUAGUGUUGAACUUUGACACAAGUAGCGUUUUCUUUUAUACUCUAGAUUGAUAUUGCUAUAAAGUGUAAAAAUCUACAGUUUGUGACUAAACUUGUUUGUGCGAUACUAAAUCCCUGUUAAAUAAAAUGACAAUCAUGUUAGCCAUUUUACAGAACUUACGAAGUACACAAUUUUUCUUCCUUAUUAUUGUUAUCAGUUAAAACCUUUGAACAGUUUUUAUUUUCAUACAAAAUUCAAGUGAAAUUUAGUGUUAACCAAAAUAUCAAUAAACUACUGCUCAAUAGCUUCAUA